GGCGGGGCCGCGCCUGCGCGCUGCGGCGCUUCCGUCGCGGCCCGAGGGCGAGCGGAGGCGGGAGCCGGGCCCAGCCGCGCCGAGCCGAGCCGAGCCGCCGCCGCCGCCGCAUCGACGACGCCAUGGCCAGCUCCCCUGUGUCCCGCGUGGUCUACAAUGGCAAGCGGAGCGGCGGCCCGCGCUCCCCCGGCGCCGGCAGCGAGAUCUUCACGCCGGCCCACGAGGAGAACGUGCGCUUCAUCUACGAGGCCUGGCAGUGCGUGGAGCGUGACCUGCGCAGCCAGAUGGGCUCCGAGCGCGGCCUGGUCGAGGAGUAUGUGGAGAAGAUGCCGAACCCUAGCCUCAAAGGUGAGGGCGGCGCGGGGCACCCUCCCCCAGCUCCUGCAGGGGGAAAGGCCGGCCCCAGGAAGCCUGUGCGGGCCGGGAGGGGGCUGCGAUGUGGCCUCUGCUGCCAAAGUCUCUCCUGUCUUCUCUGCAGCGUUUAAACCUGUUGACCUGGGUGAUCUGAAGAGGAGGAACACACAGGAUGCAAAGAAGUCCUAAGGCGGGUCCUCCCUGUGGAUCGGCUGGUCUCCUAAGGUCCUCAAGCAGAUUUAAUUUGAGAUUUUGUGUUGAUUUCCUCCUCUGGUCUGUACUCCCAAAAGCCCGUGGGAGAGCCAGUCAGCUUUGGGGCUGGCUCUGAAGCUACCUGAAAUCAAAGAUGCUCAGAGGCUCACUGAGGAUGCCCAGAGCCUGUUGCAAAGGAUUCCAGCCCCCCACUCAUAGCUUUCUCUGGCCUCAAGCUGUCCUUCCCCACUUCACGCUGGGCUCACAGAUCUCCCUUUUUCCUUCCAUCUCUGUCCCUGGUGCAUUGAGUAUGUGGGCUCCCUGGGCUCUGGUGGUGUUGGGAGAGGCAGCACUAGUUCUCUGCACCCUCCUGUGCACCAAGGAUCCACAGCUGCUGGGGCGGGCGAGGGGGAGAAGGAGGGAGACUUGGUUCUGUCCUUGUGCCUUGGGACAGACAGGCAGCCCCAGUUCAACACCCGUCAUGCAGAUGACUGCUGGGCAGGUCACACUCUGGCUGUUCCUUGCUCCCUUCUGGGAGGGCUUAAUUUGUACCUGGGCUGCUAGUGCUUGGGACUCGUCAGUGCUGCCAGAGCUCGUGGGUCCAGAUUUUCCUUGUGCUUAGAUUGGGCCAGAUCCCUGUGGUGCUGGAGGUGGAGCUGCUCCCCUCUCCCUGCAGAUGGAGAGAGAGGGGGUGUCAGCACUGGCCCCAGGCACCUGAGAGGAGCUCGGAGGGGGGCGCUGGGCCACGUUCAGCCCCCCUGCCUCAGUGCUCUGGCAGCUCCAUGGGCAGUAGCAGCAGUGGGGGGUGGCGGGUGCUGACCAUGCAGAAAGAGGCUCGUUACCAUCCUUGCCUGAGCAGCGCCGUGCUGUUUUAUACUAACACCUUUUUCCAGAUGUGCAGCCUUGGAAGAGAUCUGCCCUCCACAGCUGGCAGAAAUGUCACCGCGUGGGGGCUGCCCUAGUCAGUGUAACUCGCCCUGGGGGGGCUUUCUGGGACCCUCACUCCUGGCAAGGCUUGGGUGGUUUCUGCAUCAUCGCUUCCGAGUGAGGGAGAGCACCUGUGCCAUCCUCGCCCGUCUGAGCAGAGCAGCUGUGCCAGCCGCGGGGCCGCUCUGUUCCCCCAGAAGACCGGGGGGCAGUGGUGAGAGCAGCCCCCUGCCCGCCUGUGCUCGGAGCUGUGGGGAGGGGGCUGCCGGGGGCUCUGCCCAGUGCCACUGGGCUUCGGGAGGGGUGCGGGGAGUUGUGGCUGCCAUUACCUUUCCCUUGUUGAGUCAUUGAGCUAUACUGUCCCCUUUUCUUUUUUUUUUUUCUGUUGUCUGUCACUUGAGGAGUGUUGUAAAUAAAAGCUGGUGUCCUUUUG